AUGGCGUUCGUGGCUCUACCGCCAGAGCUCCGCAGCAUCUGCCGGAAGCUCACGGCAUACAAGCCAGAACAGCUCCCUGGUCUGCUCCCCGCGCUGCUGAAGGACUUACAGCGCUGCCAGGGCCCGCUAUCAGCGCCGCAGGAGUCCAAGAGCAAUGCGAACUCCUCCGAGGCAGGUGUCCUGGUGCACAAGCUGAGGACGCACAUCGGCACCCUCCUCAACGGGAGAAGUGUUGAGGGGCGUUUUGCCGCCGUCGCCCUGGUCAAGGCCUACACCGAGGUCGGCGGGUGGGAAUGCCUUCGAACGUCCGAGGCCUGGGUCCGCGGCCUCUUGUCCAUACUCCAGGUAAGUCUCGGCGCCGUGCCCAUGCCUGCUCACCGAUUGACCUCUCAGCAGAAGAAAGAUCCCGCAGUGACCAAAGAGCUGGCCAUUGUUACUCUUACCAAGAUCUACUUGUUGCUGAACAGGUACCAGACAUUGAUCCGGGAGAUCGUCACCCCUACCCUGCCCACCUUUGCCUCUGCAUGCCUCCAGAUCCUGAAGCCCCCGAGCUCCAGCAAGGCUGGAAAGGCUCCCCUGGGCCUUACGGAAACGAUAUUCGAGGCACUGUCUAGCCUCAUCCCGCUUUACCCUACCACCUUGCGCCCCUCCGCCUCCCAGAUCCGGUCCAUCACAAGGCCAUAUCUUGCACCGACCAACUCAGAUGAGGCAAUUGUACCCCAGAGCCUGAAGAGCAGCGCUCAGCGCCUGGUGAUCCGACUUCACAUGACGGCCGCCAAGAAUGGCGGCUCCGAGGAGUGGGCGAAGCACACUGCUGCACUGAUCAAGGAUUUCCACGAGACGGCAGAUCAAGUGUUCCGAGCUGUACAGGAGACCUGGGAGUCGGCCACUGGGUACUCUCGCCAGCCUGUAGACUACAACACCGAGCCGUGCGGAGGCGGCAGCUCCGCAGAGCAGCUCCCCGAGUGGACAGGUCUUCAGGCCGGAAGUGAGCGGGUGGUUGGUCUGCUGCAGAGUCUGGCUUCUUGUCUUCAAUGUGCUACCAAGGUACCCGUCACGGUACCGGUGAGCGCCCUUGCGGACCUGGCAGCCCGCGUCUCGUCCAUUGUACCGCCUCAUCCGGGCCAGGACAAGGACGCGUCCAUCCAGCUCAACCCCGCCGUCGGCAGAGAGGAGAAGGAUGAGCUGUGGACCGUCUUUCCAGAGAUACAAAUCGCCACCAUGCGCCUCCUUCAGGCUCUGGCGCGGAGGUUAGGAAGCAACUACACCCCCCUUGCCCAGGAUACGUUGGACCAGACCAUGCGGAUCAUCGAGGGCGGCUACCGCUUUCCAGAAGUUCGUCUGGCCGCCUUCGCCUUGACGACCGAGCUGCUCCAGCUCUGCGGUCCCACCAUGUCAAAGGCCAACGUGGACGCUUUGUCUUUAGUUGCAAUGACGUGUUGUCGUGACCUCCUAGGAGCGGCCGGCCAUAUCAAAGCUCCCAAGCAGCAGCAGGCCUCGUCAGCAGGACAGAACGGCGCCAAGUCCAGAAACACCGCACAGAACGCCGAUGCCUUCCUCUCUUCCAAUAUAGAAGAGGAAUCGGUGGCCGUUACUCUUGCCCCGGAGCAUCUGGCGGCCGCCGAGAAGUUUCUGGUUACCCUGUUCAGCCAUCUCCCACAACAUUACCUCAACCCCGAGCUUCGAUCCCGCAUGCUGAGGGCCGCCAUCUUGUGCAGCAUCAAAGACGCCCAGGUUGCCAGCAUACUCCACCCGUCCAAGGACAAGAACGGGCGGACGCCGCAGGUCAUCCUGCCCUACCUCCACCAGCAGUUCCCCCAUGACGAGACCGUCGAGAUCCUGCGUUUCAGCUUCCGGCCCGCAUCCACCGGGGCCAGAGGGGACUUGAUGGACCUGGACGACGAGGAGAUGAUGACGAUACAGACCGGCGACGCGGCUUCGUCCGACAAGCCCAGGAACGGGCUCGCCUUCGACCGCCCGUUCCAGCCUACCGCCGCCCCGGCAGCACAAGACGGGGCGGACGAGCCCGUGGUCGCCAGGACCGCGCCCCCGGUGCCCGGCAUCGCCGCCGAGACCGCCCCCAGUCCGUUCAUAUCCGAGCCCGGGGCCGACACGAACCCGCUCAAGCGCAAGAACGACAACGACGACGUCGAGAUGGUCAUCUCGCCCAAGCGGAUCAGCAUCGACGACGAGUCCGCCGGUGGCCUGGACCCCGGCUUCGGGGCCAUGGGGACGCUGGUCGAGUCGACGCUUGCGACGGUCCCCGCGCCGCGCCCCGAGGUGCAGGGUGGGUUUGGCGCGGGCGGGGAUGCGGAAGCCGGUGAUGGGAGUGAUGAUGAUGACGACGAUGAGAGCGUGCAUCUGAAUAUGGACCUUGACUCUGACGGCGACGAGGGGGACGAAGAUGAGAGCUGA